CAGGACUCCCCUCAAGAAACUAAGACCAUCCCAGUUUUCCCUCGCCAUCCCAUUUCUCUUUCAAAUCCAAAGCUACUCCGUAAACCAAAAAAACAAAAAAAUAAACAAAUGGCAGAGGCUGCUGUGUUGGGACUUCUAUCCAACUUCGCACCCUAUCUCCGAGAAGAGUUGAACUUGUUGACCGGAGUACGGGAAGACAUCGAAUACAUAAGAGACGAAUUCGAGCGCAUGACACAUUUCCUUAGGGUUGCUGAUGCUAUAGAAGAUAGAGACCCGAAAAUCAAAGUAUGGGUGAAGCAAGUUCGAGAAGCUGCAUAUGAUACUGCAAAUGCUCUUGAUAUGUACGUGCUUCGCCUCAGAUUUCAUCAUAGCACCGGAUUCCGAGAGUUUGUACGUAAGGUUUCUUUUUUCAUUAUGACUUUGAAAGCUCGCCAUCAGAUUGCUUCUGAAGUGAAAGGAAUCAAGUCCAGAAUCAUCAAUAUUUCUGAAGGACAUCAACGAUAUAGUGACAUGCAUGGCAAAAUAGAGCAAGGCCCAAGCUCUACUCAUUCAGACAUCACAUGGUACGAUUGUCGUGGUGAUGCCCUUCUACUCCAAGAAGCUGACCUUGUGGGCAUUAACAAGCCCAAAUCACACUUGAUUCAGUGGUUAAUGGAUGAGGAUCCUCGACUCAAGCUGCUUUCUGUAGCAGGAAUGGGCGGAUUGGGCAAAACCACCCUAACAAAAAAAGUAUACGACGACGCAACAGUGAAGAGUCACUUCCAAAAUCAUGCUUGGAUCACCGUUUCUGAAUCAUUCAAGGUCGAAGAGCUUUUAAAAGACAUUAUUCGAGUUCUCUUUGAAGAAGUCAGGCAACCACUACCACGAGGAGUGGACAGUAUGGAUGCGAACAACUUAAAAGGUAUAGUAAAUGUCUUUUUGCAGCAAAAGAGGUAUGUGCUUGUUUUUGAUGAUGUAUGGGAUAUUCAUGCAUGGCAUGUUUUAAGAAUCAUACUUCCUGAAUGCAAUUGCGGCAGUCGAGUAAUUUUGACAACAAGAAAUGUAGAUUUAGCUUCUUUGGCUAGUGAAGAAUAUCAUGGCAUAGUGUAUAAUCUCGAGCCCUUGCCUCCUAGAGAGUCUUGGGCCUUGUUCUGCUCAAAGACAUUCAAGGACAAUUCUUGUCCGUCAUUUUUGGAAGAUCUUUCACUAGACAUCUUGAAAAAAUGCGAGGGGUUACCACUUGCAAUAGUGGCAAUUAGUGGUCUGUUGUCGACAAAAGAGAAGAGUGAGAAUGAGUGGGAGAGGAUUUACCGCGGCCUUGGUGCAGGAUUAGAAGGAAAUCACAAACUCAUGAGCAUGACUAAGAUAUUGUCCCUUAGUUACUUUGAUUUGCCUUACUAUCUUAAGCUAUGUUUUUUGUACUUGAGUAUUUUUCCAGAAGAUUGUCUCAUUGACCACGGGAGAUUAAUUCGGUUGUGGGUGGCCGAAGGAUUUAUAGAAGUGAAAGAAGGAAUGACAAGAGAAGAAGUUGCCGAGGGCUACAUCAAUGAGCUAAUGAGCAGAAGUUUAGUUCAAGUGGCAAAUGUCACGAGCGAUGGAAGGUUCAAAGCAUAUCGUAUCCAUGACCUUUGGCGUGAAAUGAUAAUUGUAAAGUCGAGAGAGCAAAAUAUUGUCACAAUAGCAAGUGAAAGAGGCAGAGCGUGGCCUGAGAAAUUACGACGCCUCUCGAUCCACCAUAAUUUGGAAGAUAUUCAGCAAAGUAUUUGUUUCACUCGCCUUUGUUCUUUACUUGUGUUCAGCGCAAUAGAUUCAGUGUCCGUUUUGUCAAAGGUUGUAUCCUUAGGCAAGGGUAUAAGGCUACUAACGGUGUUGGACUUGAAGGGAGCACAGAUGGAAACAUUCCCGCAUGAAGUUGUGAACCUCCUUAAUCUUACUUAUCUAAGUUUGAGGGCGACGAAUAUAAAAAUGAUCCCGAAAUCGAUCGGAAAACUCAAGAAGCUAGAAACAUUGGAUCUGAAGCAAACCAAUGUCACUGAGUUACCUGAUGAGAUCUUGAAGCUCAAACAUCUUCGCCAUCUCUUGUUGUGGCGCCUCAACAGGGACGCCUAUUGUUAUUGUCCUUUUAAUGACUUUGUAAUUGGCUUCAAAGCGCCGGAGGGAAUAGGAAGUUUGUCGUACUUGCAGAAACUAUAUGCUCUUGAAGUAAACCAAGGGAGUAAUACUGGCAUUGUGCUAAGAGAGAUAGGAAAGCUAACUCAAUUGAGGAAAUUGUAUAUUUUAAGGCUACAAAAGAAAGAUGGGACGGUGCUAUGUUCAUCCCUUGAGAAGCUAAAUAACCUUUGCUCGUUGACCAUUGCGGCAAUAGAAGAAGAUGAGAUAAUUGAUUUAGAUUCUCUGUCUUUGCCGCCUCGACUUCUUCAAGCACUCCAUCUACAUGGACGUUUGGAGAAGAUACCGCACUGGAUACCAUCUCUUCACAACCUGAAAAGAUUAGAGCUAUGCUGGAGUAAGUUAAAAGAUGUUGAUCCACUGCAAUCCCUUCAAGAUCUGCCCAAUUUGCUUACCCUUGGACUUCGUGAUGCAUAUGAAGGAGAUGGAUUAUUCUUCAAGGCUGGUGGGUUUCAAAAGCUUAAAGAAUUGUGGUUGGCUGGCCUAGUAUGUUUAAAAUGGGUGAGAGUGGAGUCUAGCUCGAUGCCUCUUCUUGAAGAGCUAUAUCUCAAAGAUUGUAAAUUGAUGAUGGAGUUGCCCUCAGGUGUUGAACAUUUGGCCAACCUUAAAGAUCUUAAGUUGAACGAUAUGUCUGAAACAUUAAUUUUGAGCUUGAAUAGAGACUUACAAGGUGGGGACUAUUGGAAGAUUGCACACGUCCCUAAUGUUUGGGUUGCAGACUCCAAAUCUGGUAGAUGGACCGGUCGUUAUCUAUGAUACGACAGAACGAGAGGGGAUGAGGAUCUUCGAGAUUGGUUUAUCCCCACUAUU